GUUGGUUUGCGCGUACUAUCCAACCACAAGUCCCUAUCAAGUGUCGAUGCGCUCUGACUACGGCCGACAAUUAUCCCGACAGCUCAUAUCACUGUGCAAGUGACUCGACUUCCGCUCGCAACCGAGAGCGCUGGCUAAGACACAAACUCAGUCAUCUAACAGCCGAAUAAAUAGUGCAGCAUGAACCGAUGUCUUGAUCAUGGGCCAUUCGUCCCUCAUCUCAAGACUCUACCAGGAUCUCGCUGAACUGCAUGACUCUCCCUAUCCGGGGGUAGACGUCUUCAUUGACGAUGCUGACGUUCGGAGGCUUUGCUUGAUCUUGACGCCGCCGAGCGGACCCUGGAAGAACUUGGCUCUACAUUUUGAUGUGUUUCUGCCGGACGAAUGGCCUGCAUUGCCUCCUCGGGUUUCAUGCAGCGUCAAUGGCAUAAAUCACCCCAAUCUUUUUGGGAGCUAUGUAUGCUGCGACCUUUUGAAGACGGAGGACGAGAUCUGGCGGGAAAAAGGCUACAUUGGAGGUUACACCCCUGCGCUGACGCUCCGCGGGUUGUUCCUGCAGUUCCUCACAUUCUUCAGCUCUCCCUCGAUCGAUCAGGAUUACGGAGGAUCUACGACCGUCGGGGACAGCGUGAUCGUGCGUUACGUUCUAGAAGCUGACUUGAAACCCACUCGGGCGUCGAGACGUGUCUCGCGCAACGGCACUCCGGACAGUUCGGCCUCGCCCAGUUCCUGGCACGCGUUCCACGAGCGUUGGGAGUCAGACGAUCGCCCUGAGAUUGCCGUUAACGUCGAGAUGUCUGAGAUCGGACCUCUGCGUGACACUGUCAAGGACCCCCGGGUCUCCAGCCAUCGCUUACAUCGAAUCGAGGUGAAGAACUCUCGCUGGGCCCCUACUCUUCGAACUAUUCAACGUUGGACCUGUGAUCGAUGCCAGUACGGUCGCGGCAUUCCCCAUUGUGCCGUUGCCGGAGCUGCUGAGGAGAUAAAGAAGACUGGAAUGAGCGGUCCGAUGCCUCCGACGUCGUGUCUCCUCGACACAUUGAACGACGACGUGCUGUAUGAGCUGGCUCAACGGAUGCCCUCCGAAUCCAUAAUCAACUUCGGGACAGCUUAUCCCCGCUUCCAUGGGCUUACAGAGUCAAUGCACAUCCUCCUUCAACGCGAACUACGCUGCUUCUUUCUCCGCAGCCCUCUUCACAGCUCUGUCCUCGGUAUCGGCGUCGCAUUCGACCCCCGCUCGCGUACACUGGCAUCCGACUUCGACUGGCUGAGCCAUCGAGCUUUUACUGUCCAUGGCGUUCGAAAAAGCGUCGAAAAGCGUGACUUUGGGUUUUUCUUGCCACUCGCGUUUUCCCCAGCGCAUUUUGAGCGUGCCUACCCUCUUAUCUGGACGAGCUUGGCCGAAAUCGACAAGCAGCUCCGAGCUGCGGAACAGCAGAUGAGUAGGAAUCCUCGCUGGCGACCUACGGGACCCGCAAGACACGAUGAGAUCGUCGAGGUUGUUUACCGGAUGAUGAACAACAUCGUCGUCUCGCUGAUGAAAAAUUGCGACCAAGAGCUCCAGGACCACCGCGGUCACGCGCAGACUCUGAUGCAUGCGUCUGAAAAAGCCAUCACGGCAUACUGCCAUCUCUUCCAUCUCCUCAUGUGUCUCUGCCGCAAAGACCCGUCGAUUCUUUCCAGUGCGUCUCGCCGGCUGCGUCAAUUUAUCGAGAACAAGGCCAAGCGCGUCAAGUUGCAUGUUCCAGAUCUGGGCGAACUGAUUGUUCUGAUCAUGGUCGUUCUCUGCCAGCCUCACUCUGGAGCACAGAUUCGUUGGAGCAAUCUGGUUGGCCCGUUUCUUGGCGAAGCCGUAGUCCGCAACGUCCGCUGGGUCCUCAGAGAUUCUCCGCAUCUCGAGGUAUUGGAACAGGGGCCCAGCGAUUACCGACUCAACGAGACAUUCAGUCGGUCCAAGACAAGCCUGCGCUUGAUCAUGUUUCAAAUUGCCUUUCUCGAUCUCUUCUCCGCGACAUAUGCCUCGAAUAUAUCGCGACUCGACGACAAUUACGGUUUCCCUGACCCGGACAUUCCCAUGAAGAUGGUCCAGCAGGUCAAGGCGAUCUAUGUAGUCGGUACCUGGCCUGAAUUUUUCAAGCGGGUGCACUUUCAGCGAGGUCUCGGAUUCACCAAGGCUGUAUUCUGUGACAUGUUGCGUGAUGCGGUCAGAACAAGUGGUAGCUGCAAGUACCACUGUCCGCCUUCACCGCAUCGGCGAGCUCAGCUGACAGCCGAGCGACGAGCAAUGGGUAAAUUGUCGUAGAUUACACCAUUGAAACAACCACCAUUGAAACAACCACCAUUGAAACAACUCAGUUUUGUUUGUAUGUAAUAAUCUAUCGUACUUUCAAUCCAUGUCUUUUUCGCGGUGGAGAUCACCUGAUCGUGAAUGAUCUUGCGAUCACUGGCAGGACUGUGCUCGAGCUUGUACUUUUCUACUCACCAGGAUCAUGUCCCAACUCGUUCUUCCUGGUCAAGCAGUCCCUGCACAGCAUGUGAACCUCAAACUCGGCCCCGGGCUUCUGCAAACCACGUCCGCGUCUCCAGGCAGCAGCACCCAACUAUCAUCCUCAGUGAUCGCAACACGAGCAGGAACCCUGCACCAUUCCGCGAACCGAAGUCGAUGGUGGGUCGAGAGCAAUGCACGCCGGUAUGUACCGGCAGCGCAAGAAUCUGUCAUCGGUGUGAUUGUGCAAAAAGCGGGCGAGGGAUUCAGAGUCGACAUCGGUGGAGCACACUCGGCGUCACUAGAUGGUCUCGCGUUCGAAGGUGCUACGAAAAGGAGUAGACCCAAUUUGAGGAUCGGUAAUCUGGUCUACGCUCGAGUGUCUCUAGCGCACAAAGACAUGGAACCUGAACUGGAGUGUUUUGAUGCGCAAACGCGUAAAUCUGCCGGCUUCGGAGAACUGAAGGGUGGGUUCGUAACCCGGUGUAGUCUCGGGAUGUGCAGACUCCUAUUGGACCCCAAACACUUCCUUCUCCCACUCUUUGGUAGGCGCUUUCACCUUGAAACAGCCGUGGGCGUAAAUGGGCGAGUAUGGGUCAGUACGAAAGAGGCAGACCAGACGAUCGCAAUCGUCAGGUGUAUAGAGCUCGUUGACCCAGAUGGCGGCGGGAUGGAUGAGGACGGGGUGACCAAGUUCCUGGAGGAACUGGGUUUGUAG